CUGGGCGUGGGUUUAAAAAGUCGAAAGUGAAAGCUUGGUUUAACAUUUCUCGGACGGCUGUAUUCUCACCUCUUUGAACAAUGGAAUCGGAUUUCCAAUAGUAAACAUGUCUUCAGUGAAGGUUAUGCUUGUAGUCUCUCUCUUCAUCCCUGCUGUGAGACCCGGUUCAGAUUUGUUUAAAUUGAAGUGCCUACCUGCAGUUGGAAUUCUUGCUCAGACCACAGUUAUCAGAUGCUUUUUCAAAAACACCACAGAUAUUCAGAUACUUGGAGUUUAUUUAACAAAAGCUGAACAGAAAGAGCCAUUUUUUAGUCAAGUCGGUUUAGAAAGAUCAGGAGAUCCACGCUUUAGUCUUGAAAACUUAGCAGUGGGUCCAUCUCUGCAAAUCUAUGACACAAUGUUUUCUGAUGAGGGCAAAUAUCAGUAUCGUGUUAUAACGGACAGUGGUGCUAAAGAAAUACAAUUUAGCAUCAGUGUCACAGCAAAGUACAAGGAUCUCAUCACAAGCACAUGGCCUGAAUAUGUAAUUGAUGGAGGACCUGCCAGCCUUUACUGCAAUGCUACUGGUGGAUACCCAGAAGGCUUCAUCCAUUGGUUUGACCAUUCUGGAACUAACUGGACCAUAAAUUCAGAGCUGACAAAAGUCCCCAAGAACAUCAGUGGUGUAAAAUCUGUAGCUUUGUCUAGCAAACUGACUUUCAAGUCUAUCAACUUGGGCCUGGCACCAUUUAGAUGCAUCAUCUUUAAUAGCAAAUAUGUACAAGAUGGAGAGAACACACUGAAGAUUGCAUCUGCUAUAAGUAGUAAUGUUACGUUCUGUGCCAAGGCUUCGGAGCGUGUGUAGAUAAAACCCGGCAGCUUUCAGUGAAGCGUGUAUCGAGGCUUGUAUUGCUUUAGAGCAAUGACGUAAUUGAUGCUCUCCGAAGCCUCGCUUGGCAAGACUGGUUCAGGAAGCAGUUCAAAUCUUGUAAAUUCACAGUCCUCUGCCCUGUUAAACUCAGCCACUUUCCAGUUUUAGACUAAUAAUAUUGCCCCUCCUGCCUGUUAUGAGCAAACACUUGAUUUACACACCUUUGAUAGCCCCAUUCAUUUCAAGCCAAUACGUUUAUUACACAGUUAUGCUAUAUUAUGUUAUACAGACAUUAUAUACCACUAGAAAAUACACAUUAUAUUCAUAUAAAUAGAUUUUAUGUGUUAACUGAUUUUUUUUCAUCACCAUUACAGUGCAUCACAGAUCACAUCAGGGUCCCUAUUCACAAAACAUUUUAUCUUGUACCUAAGAGUUCUCCUAAAUAGCAGUAAAAGUUUUUAGCUAACAGCUUUCUCUUAAAACCUAUUCACAAAGCUGCUGAGACAAAAUUUUACGAAGGAAU